AAUAAUCGUGGUGUAUUGUGGGAACAGGAACUCUACGAAGGUUUUCUGUAUUAUAAAGAACGAAAUUUUUUUCAUACUUUUGAAAUUGAUAAUUACCUUGCGGCAUUUUCAUUUGCCAAUGAAAAUGAAGCUGACGUUUUUCAUUCGAAAGUAAAGAAAAAUCUUGACUCAGGAUAUGAUGCACAAAAUAUAGAUCCUGCAUGGAAAAGUUUUCUUGAUUCAUUGGGAGAUUUGGGUGUUCCUCAGUCAAUUAUUGAAAAAGAUUCAAACUUUAUCAUGGAAUUCGUCCAAAAUAAUCCAGAUGUUAAGAGAUUAAUACCAACUCAGACCUCUUCAAGGUCAACUAAUAAUAAUAAUUCAAAGAAAUUACUUCCUGCACCCCCACCAUCUAAACAUCAAAAACGUCAGCCUCAGUUACCUCA